CAUGUAGUUUAUUGCAGGCUCACUGACUUAAACAGAAAAAAUAUCUAGAGUCUACUACAAGUAAAAAGCAGUCUAAAAUAAUUUUUUUCUUUAGAGAAAUAUUCAAAUAUGCCCUGAAUUCAAUUGCUUCUAACUCUGAGGUCUGUUAGUGCAGGGACUCCUCCUCUCUUUUCCAACUCAAUAGUUCUUGUUCCUCUGAUGAGAAAAAUGCUGAAGACAAAAUGACAUUUGAAAAGGAUAUUUAUAGUUUAAAAAUUAUUUUAUCUUAUUAUAUUUAAGAGCAACAUUCAUCCCAUGCUAUUUACGCUGGCCUAACAGAUGCUGCAAGAGCUCUAAGCGCUGUAGAGAUGAAUGUGGGAAAAGCCCUGGGGUGAGGCUAACCGAGACCUAGUCCAAGUCGACAUUGUCCACAGUCCUUUGCACAGGUUUGUUCUUCAUGAAUUCUAGUAUAAAAGAAAGACGCAAUGAUGAUAUCUCUUCUUUGGAAAGCCAAAUACCUGUCUGCACCUCGCAUAGAAUCUUAUGCGGUUCUCAAGGCACAAAUUUAAUCAUUUAUGUUUCUAGUAAUGUGGGCACCAAUCCCCAAUCCUGCCUACUGAUGUUGGCAACUAGGUGCAGAAAUGAGCUCACAAGGAUUGUGGGCAACAUGAUGACCUGCGCUUUUCUUAUCAGCAGGCAAGGAGGUGCCGCUGCGCAGCGAACAUGCUCUCUAGCCAGAAGGCUUUUCCUUUCCUUUAUCUUUUUAGGACUGCACCUAUGGCAUAUGAAGUUCCCAGGUCAGAAGUCGAAUUAGGGCUACAGAUGCUGGCCUAUGCCUCAGCCACAGCAACACCAGAUCCCAGCUGUCUCUGCGACCUACACCACAGCUCCUGGCAACUAUGUAUCCUUAACCCACUAGGAAGGCCUGGAAUGAACCCUCAUCCUCAUGGAUACCAGCUGGGUUCCUUACCGCUGAGCCACAACGGGAACUUCCAGAAGGCUUUUCAAUUUAAAGAAAAACCAGACCCCGACCUUGUUCUGGGGACACCUCCCCCGCCAAAGGGGCAAUGAGAGCUGCGUUUGGUGAAGGUGGCAUUGAGCAAAGCAGCCCCGCGCUUGGAAGGGACACGCGUGGUAGACGCGACACGGAAGUACCCGGUGGGUAAUCCAGCCUCCAGCCCCUCACUCCGCUGGGGGCGGUGGAUGAAAUGAGGUGGCUCAGGCCUGGAGCCCCCGUCCUGUAAGGCGCUGGGGCCAGCUUUGGGCCGGGGCCCUGUAGAGUUUGACUUUGGAAUAUUCCCACUCGGCCGCCCGCAGAGAAUAGAGGAGAAGCCCUCGGUUCCCUGUGCCCACCCAGGAGCCAGGUUCUCGGCAGAACAGAGGCUCCAGUCGGCGCUCGAUUGCUCGUGUCUGGUAGCGAACCGCGACUCUCAAUGCAGUAGGGCUCUGUGCUCGUGGGGUCAGGCCUGGCGCGCACCGGUUGUGACGCGCACUUGGCGGCGACCUUGGGACCCCGAGGGCCGGGACAGGAGGUCUCAGCGGCUGGCGCGGGGAUGUCGAGGAGCUCGAAAGUGGUGCUGGGCCUCUCGGUGGUGCUGACGGCGGCCACCGUGGCGGGCGUGCAUCUGAAGCAGCGGCAGGACCAGCAGAGGCUUCGUGACGGAGUGAUCAGAGACAUUGAGAGGCAAAGUCGGAAAAAAGAAAACAUUCGUCUCCUGGGAGAACAGAUUCUUCUGACUGAGCAACUUCAAGCAGAAAGAGAGAAGAUGGUGUUGGCAAAAGGAUCUCAAAACACAUGACUUAAAAUGCAUGUGAAAUAUGGAUGGAAUAGACAGCAUUAAGUGUGUGUGUGUGAAUGAUGGAGAACAGCUUAUUGAAAUCUUCAGCCUGUGUUUUUGGUCACUGUCCUUUUAAACUUGAUUAGAAAAUGGACAAUGGAUCAUGUGUUCUAAGUAAUUGCUUUAAGAGCCUUUUGUAUCUGAGUAGAGGUGGGCAGAUGAUUUUCUGAGAGUUUCUGUUUGUAUGGUCAGUGAGGAGCCCAUUUAAGCUUGGUGUCCAGAGCUUAGGAUUGUUCCUGGGAGCACUCUGAACCUUCAGGAAGAGGGGGAUGGAGACUAACAUCCACCUGGGCAGUUUGAUCAGUCGGCAUGAUGAUGAAGCCACAAGAACGUCCACAUCAGAAGGGCUGGAGGAGGGGGAGGUGGAGGGGGAGACCCUCCUGAUCGUGGAGUCGGAGGACCAGGCGUCUGUGGACUUGUCUCACGACCAGAGCGGGGAUUCCCUCAACAGUGACGAAGGGGACAUGUCGUGGAUGGAGGAGCAGCUGUCCUACUUCUGCGACAAGUGCCAAAAGUGGAUCCCAGCCA